AUAAUUUCUUUUUAAGGUAUUUUCCCUCCCAACAAAGAACAAAGCCUUCCCCCUAUAAAAUUCUACCCUUAAUUUCUUCCCCCACUCGUCUUCUUCCUUCUCUUCACCCUUUCAUUUUCCGAUUUCCUUCGAGGAUCCCUAAAGGCCAAGCCUCCAACAGAGAGAAAAUACAAAUGGAGUCUUCAGGACCUUCAAGGAGGACUUGUUUCAUCCAAGAAGAUGAUGGAUUGGCUUCCAUUGUAGAUAUGGAGGCUGGAUAUUCAGGAAGCCAUUACCAAAAGGUUAACCAAAAUGGGUUUCUUUCAAGACCUCUUUGUUACUCUAGAAGGAGUAGUUUGAGGAAUCUAUCUUCUUUUUCUUCUUCAUCUUCUUCUGGUUCAGUUUCUUCUCCGAGGCCUGCUCGCUUUUAUGAUGCCAGAUUUGAAGACGUUCAUCAACCCUAUUUCUUGGAUGUUUGCUUUCUUUGCAAGAAGCCUCUUGGGUGUAACCGUGACAUCUUCAUGUACAGAGGGGACACACCUUUCUGCAGUGAAGACUGCAGACAAGAACAAAUCGAGAUAGAUGAAGCUAAAGAAAAGGACAUGAACCUUUCUUCCUCAGUGAAAGCUAUGAGAAAGAAGGGCCAAAGGGAGUCUACAUCUCCGAAUGAAGCUCAAGGUUACUCUAUUCGAACUAGCACAGUUGCAGCUGCUUAAAUCACACCACAAAGGAAAUAAACAAAAACAUAUCUACCAUAUAUAUAUAUGAAUAGUUCAAAAAAAAAAAAAAAAGAAGAGAAGGGAAAGGUGGUGGAGAUCAUCAAUGAAGAAAAGGGCCAAGGAGAGAGGAGAGGAUGAAGAAAUCUAUAUUUUGAGUGGUUUGUUAUCCCCUUUAUAAAACAUACUGCUAUAGUUUUAGCUCUGUGAAUGUUAUAUCUAUAUGAGGAUAUGAAAUUAGCCUGCCCAGGAUCUACUCUAUGAUAUGGCUCCCUUUUUCUUUUUGGGGUUUUUUGGGGGUUAAUUACUGAUUAUAUUUUUUUUUUGGGUUCUUAAGAAAUGUUAAUGCAUCACGAAGAAUGAUGAGAACUGUUUUUUUUCCAUUUCUAUUUUCAGUAUCACUAAUGUAUAAUGAAAAUGACAUAAAUGGAACUUACUGAAAAAGCUGUUGAUUUUGUUUUUCUA